AUGGCGAAUAAUCGAACACCAGUUCAUCCGAUUCCUGCUGAUUUUGCAGCAAUUCUUCAUUCAAACUUUCAACAAUUAAAUUGUCUUCCACCUUUUGAUAUCGAUUUUCUUGAUAAAGAUCAAGAUUGGUAUUUAUUGUGCUUCUUAAGGGAGCAACAAAGAAAUGGUCAUUCAUUUGAAGUUACUUUUGCGGCAUUAAAUUCUAUUGUCGGCGCUUUAUCCGAACAAUCAUAUUUUUAUGAUACUUUUAAUAAUAAUAUGGUUUUUUUAAAUCAAAACCAUCAUUUACUUGGAGAAAGUGCAUCAAAUAAAAGUUCCAUAUGCCAAGAAGUUUCAUCAGCUUUACAAAGUGUCAUUGAAUCAUUUCCCAAUCGAUAUUCAUCUCCAAAAGCAAUUUCGAAUAAUGAAAAUUAUGACGAUAUUCAUAUAAACAAAAAUAAAAACAAAUCAUAUGCACAAGAAUACUCAUUAGUGGUAUCAAAUAUCACUGAAGUCGGCUUAAUCAACAACUUAUCUAAAAUCAAUACUACUCUAUUACACUCCGAUGGAGAUGUAGCUUUAAAUAAGUUUGGUUAUUAUGAUCAAGGUAAAAAUGAAACAGCAGCUGGAGUAAGUUUGUUCUGUGACGCCUCCGAUGGUAUCCGUGGAGGAUUUAUCCGAGCGACAGGAAUAUCACAAAUAAUAAUCAAUCGACCAGUAGCACUUUUAAACAUCUUCAUUGCCAGUACUGGUACUAAAAUGGCUAAUAUGCUUCAACGUUUUUAUGAAUUUCGAAUACAAGAUGGUGUUUUUGGUCGAGUCUUUUUUACAUGGUGUUCCAGUAUUAGUGAAUUACCAAUGACGAAACCUAAAUGUUACACAAACGUUGCUUCAUUUUCUCAUUUUGCAAAUUCAGUUGCACAUUUAUUUAUUAAUCAAUUUCAAUUUCGUUAUUCAGCACAUGAAUCUGAUUUUUUGAAUACCAAUACGGAACAUUUUGAAGAUGAAGAACGUUUAAUGCAAGAACGAGAAAAACAAAACGUCACAACACCAGCUACAUAUGGUGUUACUUUGAACAACAAUGAUAUUCGUACAUGUAAUAUUGAUGGUGAUCAAGAUGAUAAUGAUGAACAAACUUCUUCAUUCAAACUUUUAAAAACAUUAGUUGCUGAUUGGUGGAAAUCAUCCAAUUCAGCUGAAUAUCAUUUAAAAUCGAUUCGUCGUAAAGUGAAUAGUAUGUUACCAAAAUGUAUUUGGUCAAUGAAAAUCAUUCGUAUUAUUUUUCGGUUAAUGAGUAAUAAUUUGAGGUAUAUCGAUCAGAAACAAGGUGAUCGAUCAACAUCCAAUUCGGCUUCUAUUGAUUUAUCAUUUCAACAAGCGAUAGAAACAUCCAUUAAAAAUUAUUUAUUAGCUGAAUGUCACAAAAUUCAAGAAACCAAAUGGAUAAUAUGGUCAAAUAAAAAUGAUAUUAUUAUUGGUUACAAUUGGUAUUUGAGAAAAAUGUUGGUCGUUGAAGCUCUUCUUACACUUAAAUCAUUACCUGAUAUUGUAGCUCAAAGAAUAGGAACAAAACCAAUUGAAAAAAGUCAAGAAGAAAUCAGAUUGGAAAAGGCAAUGAUCAAGGUUAUGAAUUUUUCGGUUGUUUUUUUUACACGACAAUAUUUAACAAAUAAUAAACAAGGUGCAGGAUCUGGUCAAUUUUCUCAUUCAUAUGAUUUAAAACCAGACCAAAUUCUUUCUCCUUUAAUUGAGAAUGGAUUACUUAUUGGUGGAAACUUUAUUAAAAAUGGUCGUCAUAGAAAAGAUAAUUCACAAUAUUCAUCAUACUGCAAACAAUUGCCAUCAGUGAUUCAAAACAAUCCAAGAAUAAAACAAGCUUUUGAAAGUUUGGGUUUAAAUAUGUCACAUUAUGAAACAACAUUUGAACAUCAACGUUUACCACUUGGUAUGGAGUUUACUAAUGAAGCUAUUGAUUUUAUGAAAAAUAAUGAUGGAUUUGUACAAUAUUAUCAUAAUUAUUAUAAAGAAGACCAUCAUUUUCAAUCAUUCCGAGAAAUGGUAAACGAACGUAUUCAUCUUGGUGAAAUUAUACGAAAUGAAGAUCGACAACUUCAAACAAUUGGCGAAGCAGAAGCUACUGUACCCUCUCAACCAGAUAAUUCAGUUAAUACUGAAAAUGCAACAGAACAUGAACAUCACAUUCUAAUGUUGUCAAACUUAACUGAAGAUAUUACUGGUUCAAAUAAACAAUCAUCAUCAUCACCACCACAUGAACUUUCACGUUCUCUGCGUGGUAACACGACAUUUACAUCAUCAUUGAAAACUUCCAAUAAAGAUCAAUUUGCUACCAAUUUUGAAGGUAGUCUUGGUGAUCAACAAUUUGAUUCAAAUAUGAUAGUAGAUGAGCCAAGAGAAGAUACAGUCGUUGGCAAUCGGAUGUCUAGUGAUGAACAAAAUUCAAUACAUGAAACAACAUUUUCACCUACUAGUGUAUUAAAGAAUCUCACAAAUAGCAUCACGACAUCUUCAACAGGUGCUAUAUAA